AGUCUUUUUUCUUUCCACCAUUUUAUUUGAACAAUACUUUUCCUUUUUGGGUCUUUUUGGGUAAAGAAGAAGAAGAACAACAAUAAGAAUUUGGUGGUUAGUGUAACUAAUGGAUGUAUAUUCUGGAAAAAGAGCUAUAAAUGGGCUUGUCAUGCCCGGAAGAGGUUUAAGGGAUGCUGCUGAUAACAGUGAUGAAAAUGUUCAGUUGUGCUCGCGGAUUGGAUGCAGUGGCCGGCUCAACCAUUCAAAGAGCAGCUGUGUUAGAACUAAAGAGAAACCUAGAUCAUUUAAGCCUACUUUUAUUGCUUUAAAUGGGAAGGAUGUGGUUGGGAGUUCAUCUAGAACAUCUUCAGUGCUGAGUGUAAGCAAGGCACGCGAGGAAUCUCGCGUAAAAUCUUUCUAUCAAGUUGGAAAUGAUCAAUCAGAAAUUAGCUCUUUGGAUGGUGUGCCAGAAGUUACAGAACAGAUUCAGUCUUCGCCAGAGUAUCAACUAAACAUUAAUUCAGCAGCGAGAGAUACUAGAUCAAGCAAAGCUAGAUCGACAGAAGCAGGCCACUCUAGUGGAACAUCCAGCAGUAGACCUCGUAAAAUAGUUUGUCAUAAGUCUGGUUCUUUCAAUGAACAUACUCCAAUGCAUGCCUCUGUUUCUUCACAAUCUAAAGCCAUUGGUUCUGAAAAGCAGCCUCGUAGCAGUGGGGCUGGAUACGGGCUGAGAAAUUUAAAAUGUAAGUCCAUAUCAGAUGUCCUCCCACAUAAUUGUUCAACGUCAGAAUCAAGAUUUAGUAGAAGGGACAUGGUAAAAAGGAGAAACACCGAAGGUGAAAGCAGUUCAUCUGUUAAAGGGAAGAAAAAUACCAAGGCAUCACUAAGAGAAAAGCAUGCCACUCGUCAAACUUGUGAAAUCUCCAUCUCUGAGUCGAGAAGUAGCAGAAAUUUGGAUUAUAGUGUAAAUAAUCAUGCUGUGUCAGCUCAGACCCGUAGGUCAAUGAAUGUGAAUUCUAGGUUUAGGGGUCCAGUACAGGAUUCAUUGCAAACUGAGUCCUCUGGCUUAGUCCAAAGCUUACAUCGGCCUGAAACGCCAGAUCUCAAUCUGCAGUCGUCAAGUCAAUUGUUCACGGAUGGCUCUUCAAGUGAUUCUAGUUCUUAUAGUUUUCCUGGAAAUGAUAUUGAUGAUUUACCCAGUGUAGUGCCCUUUACUUCCGCCGAUCUAGGCAUUAACCGAUUAAUGAACCAGCAAGCCUUACAGCAAUAUAACAUGGAUGGAGUUACUCAGGUAUUAUUGGCACUUGAGAGAAUCGAACAAGAUGAAGAGUUAACAUAUGAGCAGCUGCUUGCAUUGGAGACGAACUUGUUGCUUAGCGGCCUUAACUUCUAUGACCAGCAUAGGGACAUGAGACUGGAUAUAGAUAGCAUGUCCUAUGAGGAAUUACUAGCUCUUGAAGAGAGGAUGGGCACUGUUAGCACAGCUCUGCCAGAGGAGGCAGUAUCAAAGUGCCUUCAAAGAAGCAUUUAUCAAGGCAUGCACUCAGAACUAGGGGCAUUUGGAGGUGAUGGGGAUGAAGCUGAGAUCAAAUGCAGUAUUUGUCAGGAGGAGUAUGUUGUUGGAGAUGAAAUCGGAAAGUUGGAAUGCGAGCAUGGUUAUCACAUGGAAUGUGUACAACAAUGGUUAAAGCUCAAGAAUUGGUGCCCAAUUUGCAAGGCAUCAGCUGCUGCUUCAUCAAAGUUAACAACAGCACCAUCUUAGUUCAGAACAAUUUAAACACCAAAUCCGACGAAAAAAUAAAUAAAUGUAGACACCAAAUUUCCAGAUAUGGGGAAGCUGAAUGGUUUCCUUACUGUACAACUUCAUCCGGGUGGGUUGUUCUAGCAUUUUAUUUUUCUCCUUUUUCCUUGAUUCUUGUACAUUUUGUGGUUCACUUUUCAUUUUUUCACUUGUAAAUAUUUCACAUUUUAAGCAAUAAGCUCAGGUUUUUCUAAGAA